AGGACAGAUAGAGGGAUCGGGCAAGGGCAGAAGGGACAGAGAAGCAGGGUGGGAGGCCACAGCGGCCCAGUGGGAAGUGGCCCGUGUCUGGUCAGGAGCUGGCCUCUCUGGACAGGCAGGAGAGAAUGCGUCUCUCCAAAGCCCUUGUCGACAUGGAGAUGGCCGAUUACAGCGCUGCCCUGGACCCGGCCUACACGACUCUGGAAUUUGAGAAUGUGCAGGUGUUGACCAUGGGCAAUGAUGCAUCUCCAUCUGAAGGUGUCAACCUCAAUGCCCCCAACAGUCUGGGUGUCAGUCCCAUGUGUGCCAUCUGUGGGGACCGUGCCACGGGCAAGCAUUAUGGAGCCUCCAGCUGCGAUGGCUGCAAGGGCUUCUUCCGCAGGAGUGUGAGGAAGAACCAUAUGUACUCAUGCAGGUUUAGCCGCCAGUGUGUGGUGGACAAGGACAAGAGGAAUCAGUGUCGUUACUGCAGGCUGAAGAAGUGCUUCCGGGCAGGAAUGAAGAAGGAAGCCGUACAGAAUGAACGGGACCGGAUCAGUACACGGAGAUCAAGUUAUGAAGACAGCAGUCUCCCGUCUAUCAAUGCCCUCCUGCAGGCUGAAGUACUCUCCCAGCAGAUCACAUCUCCCAUCUCAGGAAUCAACGGGGACAUCCGGGCCAAGAAAAUUGCUAACAUUGCUGAUGUAUGUGAAUCCAUGAAGGAACAGCUUUUGGUGCUGGUGGAAUGGGCCAAGUACAUCCCUGCCUUCUGUGAACUGCCCCUGGAUGAUCAGGUGGCCCUGCUUAGGGCUCAUGCUGGGGAGCACUUGCUGCUGGGGGCCACCAAACGGUCCAUGGUCUUCAAAGACGUAUUGCUGUUAGGCAAUGAUUACAUCGUCCCACGACACUGCCCCGAACUGGUGGAAAUGAGCCGUGUGGCGGUCCGCAUUCUGGACGAGCUGGUGCAGCCCUUCCAGGAACUCCAGAUCGAUGACAAUGAAUACGCCUGUCUGAAGGCCAUCAUCUUCUUUGACCCAGAUGCCAAGGGGCUGAGCGACCCUGGUAAAAUCAAGCGGAUGCGGUCACAGGUGCAGGUGAGCCUGGAGGACUACAUCAAUGACCGGCAGUACGACUCCCGGGGUCGCUUUGGGGAGCUGCUGCUGCUGCUGCCCACCCUGCAGAGCAUCACCUGGCAGAUGAUCGAGCAGAUACAGUUCAUCAAACUCUUUGGUGUGACCAAGAUCGACAACUUGCUGCAGGAGAUGCUGCUGGGGGGGUCUUCCAGCGAAGCACCCCACACUCACCACCCCUUGCACCCUCACUUGGUGCCAGAAAACAUGGGCACUAAUGUGAUAGUCGCCAACACCAUGCCUGCCCAGAUCAGCAAUGGACAGAUGUGUGAGUGGCCCCGUCCUGGGUGGCGGACAGCCACUCCUGAGACCCCACAGCCUUCUCCGCCGGCCAGCUCGGGGCCUGAGCCCUACAAGCUACUGCCAGGAGCCAUCGCCACAGUGGUCAAGCCUCCUUCAGCCAUCCCUCAGCCCACCAUCACCAAGCAGGAGGUCAUCUAACAGGGGGCUGGAGGGCUGGGAGAGGUCAGCCAGACACUUUCCUCCCCAGCCUGGCUCCGCCUGUCCCAGCCUCCAGAGGGUCCAGCUCCCCUCAGAACUCCUAGCACUCUUGGUGAAAUAGGACAACAGUGGUCCUACCCUGGGACCGUAAAGGCACAAUGAGGAGCCAGGGCUCAGACUGGGGGCUCCAGCUGCCGACUUACGUGCCUUCAUGCAGUCUUUCUCCUCCUAUUUUGGGGACAUUGAGGGAGAUUAGGAAGUCACCUUUGGGGGAGACUAGUUGUUUCUUGACACUUUCUCCCCACCCGACCAGUUUCCUCCUCUCCUGACUGCCCCAGAUCCGCUGCCAUCUCUUCUUCUUGGGAUCUUUCUAGAACCACCAGUUAGGAAUCCACCCUGCCUUCCCCUGUGGAGACUAAACACCCUGAGAGUCAGGGCCCUUUGGGGAGAGCAUGGGCCAGGCCAGGACUCUCUCUGCCUACUCCCACUGCCAUCCCAGUCCCAAUAUCCCCAAGAACUUUUAUUCAAAAGAAAAUUUCCUCUCCAGGCUGAAAAAGUCUCAGAGACUGAAUUUGUGAUAGUUCAAUCAUUUGACAAACUUUAUGAAGCAUCUGCUGGACCAAGCUCUGUGCCAAGCACUGUGUGGAACACAGACGAAGAAGACAGCCCCUAUCCUUAAGGGGGGGGGGCUGGCUGAGAAGACAAGAAACAAAGACAUAAAACAAAUAGAGAACAAUUCAAGACAAUAAAAAUGUAGUAGGAAUCCAAGAGAAGGAAAAGAUUCACUGUGGAUUGGGGGUAGCUCAUCGGGGCUUCACAGACAAGAUUUGGGAUUUGUGGAGACAAAUGGGGAGAUGUUUCCAUUGGGGGGAAAGCCUGAACAAUGGUACAGAGCUGGGAAUCAGUCCCCUUUGCGGUGAGCCCAAGUGUAUUCAGAUACAGUAAGUCAUGGUCUUAGGUAAGAUGAGGCUAGUUGAUGGAAAGCCUUGAAAGUUAAUAUAGAUUUGAUUUGUUCAUGUUGUGGGCUCUUCAGCCACUGAGAGGGCAAGGGUUACUCUCAAUUCAAAGGAGUUCUCAGGGCAAUAAAGUCAAUGAUUUCUCCCUGCCAUGCUUUUAAGCCCCUCAUCAUAGAGGACAAAAAUUCGGUUUCCUUCUUGAAUUCUGACUCAUCCUAGGGCUAAAUUAGCCUCAAAUCCAGGCUGAAAUCCCUAAUUCUUUUCUGCCAUCGCAUUCUCUUUUCAGAGAAUUCUGGGAUGGUGAAUCAGCAGGCUUGUCCUAAGAAGUCUCCUGGGGCUUCCACUCUCAGAAGUGGGAGGGAAAGUUCCUCUGCAGGUGCUGUAACAGGAGAGACACUUACAGGAUCAAGCCCCUAGGAAGAGGCUAUUGACUAGUCAGAACUAGAGAGAAUUAAGUCCAAAACCAGAGAUGAGUAGAAAGGUAAUUUCUAAAGUGGUUCCCCCUUCUUUAAGGAACAGCCUUUCAAAGGAUCUCAGAAUGUCAGAACUGGAAGAGACCUUAGGGAUGAUGGAUCAUCAAGCCUAAUUCCUUCCUCUUAGAGAGGAGCAAAGGCCCCAGACAGGCCCUUUGGGUUUGUUCAAGAUCACACGGAGUUAGUGGCAGAACCCCCCUGCUUCAAAGACAACAAAUCCUUGCAGUAGACUAGAUUGCAAACAGAGGUAGCCCCAACUCAGCUCUGAAAUUUUCAGGUUCUUCUGCCUUCUUGGGGCUGCAUCCUCCUUUCAGCUCGACCCUUCAAGAAUCUUGAAAGGCACAUGUUCUGCUGCUUUCUGCUCUCUAGGGAAUGGACUCCAAGGUGCUUUCUAUAGAUAAGGCAGUUUGAGGGAAGUUCUGUCUACCAUUUGGUCCACAAAUGCCAACAUUAAAUCUUCAUGCCUUUGGAUUUUUUGUAUCUUCCAGAGCCACUUCUUAAACUCCAAGGCUUGGAAAGAGAGGAGGGAGCAUACCAAACACCAGUUCUAACAAACAAUAAUUUGCUGCAUAUGGAAAAGUCCCAGGUUGGGUAGAAUCUCCUGGUGAAGACUAACCCUCAUUAUCUCCAGUCUUUACACUUCUUCCCUCCCCCAAGCUUCCUGAGUUCCACACUGGGAAAGGAAAAUGUCAAGUAAAGGUGGAUGAUUGCCUUGGUUUAUAAUUCCCUUGGUUACUGUUCUCUCUAGGACCAAAUUUGGACAAAUAUUCCUGGGUAUGGUCUGAUGUGGCUGGGCAUUUGAAUCUCUUUGGGUUUGGAAGUGAAUAUAUUUCUAUAUAUGUGGGGAAAGAAGAUUCAAUAACAACUGAAGUCAUCUUAGGGAGAGGAGAUAAGGUAGAAUCCAAGCUGCCACCAUUCCCCUCAAACCUGAUCAAUUGGCUUUCUUGCCAUUGUGGGUCUAGGACAAGAGGACAUUGCCUCUCCUGUGGCUGUCCUAAUCUCAGGAUUCUUAAGAGGUGGAGUGGAAAACUCUUUGGCACUUCCCAAGCGGGAUUGCACACCAGGGUUUCUACCAUUCCCCACUUUCCUGGUAUGACCUUAGUGGCCCUCUCAGAAGGGUACUUCUGGAAGUCAAGGGAGUGAGAGGCAAUAUGAAAGUUGGCAAGAUUGUAAUGGCAAAACCAAUCAUGUUUGCUAAAUUAUUCUGUGAUUUGCCCUUGAUCAACUCUAAUUGUAUAAUUUCAAAUAAUUCCAAACCGCAGGGUCACUGCAAUAUUCCAGUCAUUAAGGUAUUUUCCUUUCGAAUUUCCUCAAAAAAUUUCUAGGGGAGAGAAUGGGGGCUUGAGAAACACUGAUGGGCUAGUACCAAACCUUCCCAACCAUUCCCACUGCCAUCAUUGCCAACCAGUCGGGAAAGAACAUUUCUUAGCUCUAGUUUGUAUUUCUUAAAAAAAAUGUUUUUUAAGCUUCAAAAUAAAUACCAAGGAUAUUUUCUAACUCA